ACACGAAAUUUUCUUUUUUCGAUUCUCUGAAAACACUUUCGAAACCUUUCUAUCGAUCACAUCCCUCUUUCUCUUUUUCUCUCUUCGAUUUUCGCUGAUUAUCUUCGUUUCGGGUGUGGCAUUGGAUCCUUGUGAUUCGGGCAUCUGAUCGUCUCCGAACCCUAAAAAAGCCCUAACUCGAAAACCCUAACUCACUGAGUCCGAUCCCUUAAUUUUUUUCUUUCUGUGUUCGUGCCCGGAGGAGGUUCAAUUAAUUAUUGGUUGAUACAGAGGGUGCUCGGGUCUGUCACAGCUUCAUAGGAGCUUUUGGGCAUAGCUCCUGUUGAAAAGAAUGAUACUAUCUUAUGUCUUGCUGUUGGAUGACAAAAUCAGUUCGAAGCUUUAUUUUUACUAGAGAUAUCUUCUGAGGAUGAAUCUGCAACAAGUUGCACAGCCCAGACCUUUUGCUAACGGAUUUGGCCGUCGAAGAGAAAUGGGGAGUAGGCAAGAUAACAAGUUGCAGUCUGGAAAAUCAAACCCCAGCAGGUUACCAAAUGCAGGUGUUUUUACUGGCACUAAAGGUGGAGGAUAUGAAAGCUCGUCACGUGAUCGACUGGUAUAUUUAACAACAUGUUUUAUUGGACUUCCCGUGGAAGUCCAGGUCAAAAAUGGAUCUAUUAUUUCUGGAAUAUUUCAUGCAACAAACGCUGACAAGGAUUUCGGUAUUGUUUUGAAAAUGGCUCGUUUGACAAAGGAUGGUCCCGUCCGUGGACAGAAGGCUAUUUCAGAUUCUGUCAGCAAGGCUCCUUCAAAGAUUUUAAUUAUACCUGCUAAAGAACUUGUUCAAGUUAUAGCAAAGGAUGUGUCUGUAACCAGGGAUGGGUUCUCAAAUGAACUCCAACAGGAUAAACUACAGGAUAUUAUGCUAGACUCCAUCAUUUCUCAAUCUCGCCAUAUUGAGAUGGAAAGAGAGCUCGAACGUUGGGUCCCUGAUGAAGAUAUUCCACAAUGUCCUGAAUUAGAAAAAACAUUUGAUGGUCCUUGGAAAAGGGGCUGGGAUCAGUUUGAAAUAAAUAAAAAAUUGUUUGGAGUAAACAGCACCUUUGAUGAGGAGAUUUACACAACCAAACUUGACAGAGGUCCUCAAACGAGAGAAUUGGAGAAGGAAGCUUUAAGAUUAGCAAGAGAAAUUGAGGGAGAAGAAACCCAUGAUCUUCACUUAGCAGAGGAAAGAGGCCUUCACCUUCAUGCAAAUUUUGACAUUGAUGAGGAGGCAAGAUUUUCAUCUGUUCUUAGGCGGGUUGAUAUUGGUGAAGACAAUGAGGAUGGAAUGUUGGAUUCGCACAAUGAUGAAACCUUUGGAGGUUCCUCUGGUUUGGCUAUUGGCAGGCACUUCGCUGAUUUGACCACUGGGAAAAGCAAUGAUGUGGCUCAAGUAUCAUCAAGCUCUUCAUCUGUGGAUGAAGCACAAUCAUCUCAGUCUGGUACCGGCUUGGACUUAUACCACUCUGGCUCUCAUGAUCAUGCUAGACAUUUGGCUUUGGACAGCCAAAGCAGGGUUCAAGAAAACCAGUUCAGCGAACAGCAGGUAGGAAAUAAUCAUGCUAAGGAGUUUGUAGAGAAGCAAACAUUAGCUGAGGAAGCUCAAACCUCAAAAUCAGAAGAUUUACAAUCAUUACUGGAUGCAAAGAAAGAUGGAUCUGAUAAAGGGGGACUAUCCCCUAAUGCCACCGCAUAUGCUCCAUCUCAUGGUUCAUCAAAAAGUCAGGAGAAUAUGGGUUCCCCUGCUGAAGUCUCAGAGGGUCCUGUAUCUGUCAGAACCAUGGGAGAAACACAAUCUGUAAACUCUCGUGGACGACCUAGUAGCUCAACGUCAUCUGCUUCAGAUUGUGUAGGUGCUACCCCAGCUUCAAUUGGUCCCGGUUUGUCACCAAGCUCAUCAGUGGGUUCAUUAUCUUCAGAAAAGUCAACACUGAAUCCCCAUGCUAAGGAAUUCAAACUCAAUCCCAAUGCAAAGAGUUUCAUCCCAUCUCAAACACCUGUAAGGCCGCCAUCCCCAGUGUCAGAUGGUUCAUUCUAUUUUCCAACUAAUGUUCCUGCCAUCCCACAUAUGCAUGUGCCUGUGGGGGUUGGGAUUGGACACUCAUUUUCUGGACACCAGCCUGUCAUAUUCAAUCCACAGGCUGCACCAAUUCAAUCACCACAAACAUAUUUCCAUCCAAAUGGACCUCAAUACGGCCAGCAGAUGUUUUUUGGACACCCAAGGCAGGUCUUGUACAUGCCAGGCUACCCCCCUGAAAUGCCAUACAAAGGAAGAGAUUUUUAGUUGGUUGAUUGAUCAUAUCAUAUUCUCAGCAGUGAUGCUUGCAAGGAAUAAGCUUCUCAGAGGCUGCUUGGAGCAAUUUUCCCAGAAAACAAAACCCAGCAGUCCAUGACGAUCCAGUAGGGUCCUGACCUAUCAUCAGGAAAAGUUGAUUCUGGGAUUUAAUUUCAUGACCCUGUAAACUUUUCGCCCAUACCAUGACUUGGGAUUUCUCAGUUUUCUUGAACAUGUACCUUUCAUUUAACUGUUUUCAUUUUGAUAAAGGUAAUCUGAGAUUAACUCAGGGACCAAAAUUAGUUAGACAUUCUCUGAUUGAUUACUCAUCAUUUGACCUCCUAUGCGCCCCACCAAAUACAAAAAAGGGUUGAGGGGAAAUUAAACUCUCUGCUCUGACCAGGUUGUGCCUAUUGCCUCAAUAGUCCAUAGCAGAGCAGCCAUAGGGGAUGGCCUAUGUUGUAUCUCUUAAGCUUAUACUGGAUUUACAGAGGCCAUGAAAUUUUCAGGUUCUUGUUUCGCCCCCCCCCCCCCUCUACUGAGAGGCAUGACUUCCUCAACGGUGCUGGUCUUGUUAGGUUGUUUCAAUACUCUUUUUUCUUUAAUGCAAAGUAGUAUUAUUUUCUGUGUGAA